AUGACACGCCCGUUCACAACCUACGGGGAUCACUCAACAGACUACCUAUCCGCACAACACCCCGAUCCAUCCCCUUCAGACGACUUCAAGUCGUAUAACGAUGACCUCAGCGACCUCAUUGACCAAUAUGCGGAGCCGUACUCGAGAACUUCACGGCAUCAGACUUUUGCUGUUUCGACUGACUUAUUGGACGAUUCUGAUUCACGAGACCGCUCUUUUUCUACGGAUCAGAAAGGAUCAUAUACGGUUGAUAAAGUUGCAGAGGAGGAUCCUGAACUAGACCCUUCGAAUCAUGACUAUCCCCCAACGCUGAAGCAGGAGAAGCCGAUUGACACCAGGAGUUGUUGGGCAAAAGUUCUUCCCGACUCCUGGGCAUGUCGCCUGUUUGUCCUAACUGUGGUGAUCGAAACCGCAGUGGAUCUGGCCAUAGAGGGCGACUUGCUUGUUCGAUUGCAGGAUGAUUCGGGAAAACUGGCAGUGUAUCUCAGCGUUUUUGCACUUGCCCACAUCUUCCAACUUGUCAUGGCGGUCGAUGCGGUGUAUGCACGCAAUACCCUGCAAUUUUUGUCUCUCAUCAUAUUCAAUCUUCUUUUCCUGUUAUACGCUGUCAUUGAAAUCAGCGAAAUCAAGAACUCAUCAACCAAUUCUGCCGGGAUUCUGCAUGUACCAGUGAAUGUUCUCGCUGACAUCAUACCUGCCGUCAUAUCCACUGCGGAGAUAGCAUACAUCGGUCUCGGCUGGAAAAUCUAUAACGAGUUCGGCUGGAAGGUGUACAAAUUUCUAGGUGCCGACCGCCGCAUCAAGAAAAUGUAUGCCACAUAUCAGAUCUUCGAAUGUCUUGUCAAGUUCGACAUCUUCUUUUGGGUUGGCUUCUCCGUGCAGUUCAUAUGGUUGGUUCUCCAGAAGAACGAUUGGGAGUACUAUGUCACCUGGGCUGCUCUCCCGUUAUCAAUUCUCCUCCUCAUCGAAGGCCACCUUGCUGCGCGUCAUGAGAAUAAGUGGAUGAUGGGAACGUUUAUGUUUGGAAGUACGAGCGCCCUGGUCUAUUUUACAUACAAACUUUUCCGGGUUCUUCAGUACAGGGAUACGCAAUAUGCCUUGUACUGGAAAUCACUUUCCACGUUUUCUGCAAUUGCAAUCGUCCUUCUCGUCAUCACGAUGAUCUUUUCUGUCUUGGUGAUGCGCAAUUUCGGUCGAGGACUAAAGGCAUCGAUUGCAAGAAGUAAAACCCACACGCAGGGACGUGGCUCUCAACACUUGAACCGAGGACCGAUGAGCACGAACCCAAACCGAAUGAGUAUCGAAUGA